GACAAAUGUGUGACAGACUGCACAACUUCUCCUAUCCACGACGUUCACGUUAACGUUGGAAUCCCUCUCGAGAUAAUUGAAGUAUCCAAUGCCAAAGGCAGCGAAAAAGUAUUACGCUGUAAGGAUUGGUCGCGAAGGACCAAAAAUAUACGACUCUUGGGCCGAGUGCAACGCAAACGUUUCGCGUUGGCCCGGUGCCGUUCACAAGAGUUUUCGAUCUCGCGUCGAGGCUGAACAGUGGCUUGCGUUACCUAGAACUACCCCGGUACCGUCUUCGAGUACGGAGCCUGCGUCGUCUGGUGUGUCCAGCGUGCCAUUGGGCUUUGGGUCAGGAGUAGCAAGAUCCAAAUAUGCAAAGACUGCGAAGCAACCACCAACCUCCCAAGGAUACGAUUGGUCUCCAAUUGAUACACCUGCGCCUGAACCUCCAUCGGAUAGUAUUGUUCUCUCAGAAGAGCAAAAAUGCGUGCUUAGAAGAAUUGAGCAGGGUGAAAAUGUAUUCUUUACAGGGUCCGCAGGCACCGGUAAAUCUGUACUCUUGCGGGAAAUCAUUCGAAUGCGGGGUGGGCGCGGCCACCACGGUCUCGCUAUAACGGCGUCAACGGGAAUAGCAUCAGUUAACAUUAGCGGAACCACCGUGCACUCAUGGGCGGGAAUUGGGCUUGGCCAAGAAGACGCAAAGAAACUCGGCGGAAAAUUUCUUGGGCAGCCUAAAUUUGAAAGGGUCAGGCAACGAUGGCAAAGUGUUGAGACACUCGUGGUAGAUGAAAGUUUGUGGCAUACACCUAUUCAUAAGAUGGUUGACUCUAUCAUUACUCAGUAUCCAUGAUCGACGGAAAGCUCUUUGAUAAACUGGUAUGAUGAUGCUGAAACAUUGCAAUCUUACUGCUGAUGUUACCUCUGGAUCACAGGAAGCCAUUGCUCGGAUUGUAAGGCGAUCGGAAAAACCUUUUGGUGGCAUUCAGCUGGUACUUUCGGGAGAC